AUGGAUGAAUCCAACAUGGAUCCCCUGAAAUCAACCAUAUCGGGCAACUUGCCUUUCAGACCUGCCAAGUCUAUCAGCUUUCGCGAGCAGGAGAUCAUUUCUCAGUCACCCAACCCCACUGCUACUAUGAAGACUAUCGGCGACGAGGUCAGUGCCAAUGAACCAGGCAUCCCCCAGCACCAGAAAAGUGCAGGUGGACUUACAGAGAAAGCUUUUACUGAUCAUACUCAGACGAAGGCCCCUCACUUGCACGAAGAGAUUACCAAUCCUAUUGAUAUUGAACAUCGCGCCGUUGAUCAACGGGCCGUUGUCACGAAAUCUCUCUCAACGCCAGACGACACUGGCAUCAUGGAUGCUGAUGAUCUGCCUGACCUAACUGACCAGAACAAGAAAAUUAUCCAAAAGGUUGAUUUCAAAGCGAUUGAGGGACUUACAAAGGGUCCAGAGAAGCCUGCGUCUGUUUGGAUCACUGGAGAUCGACCUACCAACGCCGAACAAGAUGGCAAGCCUGAUCCUCAAUGCAGCACUAAAGAGUUAGACAAAGAAAAAGCAACCGAAAAGACCGAUGACCUUUCAGACACUGAAAAACUUCCAUACGGAGCCAAGCCCAACCCAGACGAAGAAAGGACUCUCGCCAACAUGGAACUGGACGUAGGUGUGGUUAAGAAGAAGAAGAACAAGAGACGAUCAAAGGCCAAGAGAGGCCUGGACGCGCCCACGGGCUUCGAACCCUUUUUUGCUGAUGCGCCGCUCACACCAGAUGAGUUCCAGGAAAUAAAGAAGGUCUAUGACCCAGCUCUUCCAUUUCACAUGCGAUACGAUGAAGCUAUCAAACGUUUCCUAUUCAAACGCCGCCUUGAGUCACGCCGGCGUCACCUUUUCCUCAAGUAUCUGCAGUACGGUGGUGUUAAUACAAAUCAAAAGUAUGGCCAAGGUGUCUCCCUUCAAGAGCUGAAAGAUAUGAGCAAAGAAGAAGCCAUGGAAGCGCGCAACUUCACCAUGGUGUCACCGGAGUGGGCUACUGGAGAGAACAUCGCUUUUGAUAAAGUUCUCAAGGGCUAUCUGGGUGGUUACUACAUUGAUUACUUCAGCCCCGACGACGAGGAUGAAAUCAAGGUCGUGACCGGAACAAUCAAGAGCUUCCUCACCUUCUUGCUCUACCAUGACGUGUGCCCCGAAUAUCAAGAAGACAUCGACAAGGCCAGACAGACCUGUGAUAUGGCCGCCAAGGAAGUAUGGAAAGUACGCCAAGUCGUACACGAAGGCCCAGGAAGCUUCAACAAGGCCUGUUCCAUGCUGUUCGGUGGGAACUACCUCGACAUCAUAGACAAUUCCGAGAUAUCGGAAAAUGUCAAAUUCGCCGGACAGGACAGAAUGACCCAGCAGAUCGCCCGAAAGGUCCUCAUGUACGCCAUUGCCGGAGUCGGUCCAGAUGAACGCGCCAUCAAGUUCAAGGAUCUUGCCGAGAAGGAGAAAUUCGAGAUAAAGCGGAUUGAGGACAUUGAUGGCUUUGAGAUAGUUUCCAUUGAGCAGCCAACUGCCCUCACUGUGGGCUUUUACAAUGAAUAUGCCCCUGACGUCAAACCCGUCGGCGUGGUCCGGGCAAAGGAGUUCCGUGAUCCAGCCAAGGGGGGUUUCAAUCUUUCCAACCUAGAGGAUGAGAAGUGGAAGGCUGGUAAAGCUCCUAGCUACGAGUUUGAAUUCUUCUUGGAAGGCGAUUUGCUUGCACACUGCUUCCCAGGAAUGAAAGCUCUUACCAAAAUAUUCGAGCUUAACUGUGGCAUACACUUCUUCGACGAGAUCAUGGUAUGCCUGCCUAGUUUCUACGUUUUCCUUGUGAACGAUCUUAUGAUCGAUUACAAGAAAUCGAAAACCAAGGAGGUCAGUGAUAAGUGGAUUGUCCAGAGGGCUGAGCAUAGGAAAGAAAUGGAGGCCCUUGCUGGGCCCGAGCUUUCCGAUUAUGAACAAGCUCGGGUCUUGUUGAAGGACUUGACGCUGGGUGCAGGUUACGACGCAGCAUUUGGUAUUCGGAAGCAUAUUCCCGCUGAUGACGACUUGGGCUUUGAAUACGACGUUGUUCCCCAGCCUGGUGUCCCGGCGGAGGCUGAUAUGGGUAUCAUAGUUCCAAGAUAUGAGGGCCAAAAGAAAGACGAAGACCAGGUGAUUGAGAAGAAUGAGGUUGAGGGAAGUGGAGUCAUUCAGGGGGAACCUACUGACAGGAAGAAGUCCAAGGAAUGGUGGACGCCCGAGCAAUGGUGGGCCGAUGAGGAGUGGUACGGUCUUGUGAAGGACUGGAAACCCAGCAUGACACCCGCCGAAGAACGCCCUGGCAAGAAAGAGAAUAUUCUCGUCGAGUUGAAGGAAAACCUCGGUGUGCAUGAGGAGCUUAUCCAGUGA